AUGGUCCGUUUGAAGAGCAGAUACGUUCUAUUUGAGAUAAUUUAUCCACCCGAGUCAAUGGCAGAAGCAGAGCUGGACAGAAUGGACGACGUCAUGAUGGGCUUCCAUAAAAGUACUAGAAAUUACCACGAGAUUAAUAGCAAGACAAUACUUCAGGAGAUACGGCGGGUUGUACAGUAUAAUUUCGGGGAUUUGGGGUCAGGCCAAUUGACUUCACUUUUACAUCUUAAGUAUUUCAGUAAUGCCACAUCGACAGGGAUACUGAGGUGCCACCGAGAGGAUCUAAAUAUUUUGCUUACCACACUUGCUCUAGUAAAUAAAAUUGGAGAUUGUGAAGGUAUAAUCCUUAAUCCAGUCAAAGUCAGUGGCACAAUAAAAAAGCUCGAGCAAUAUGCUAUACGGAGAAACCACAACUUUAUUAAUGCAUUGAAAAGAUUUGAAUUAAAUAAAAUGAAAAUCAGUGAGAUGAAUAUGGAGUCAAGUACAUUCGAAAAUGAAAUUAGAGAUAUCCCUAUGGAUAGCGAGGACAACUAG